CCGCCUGAACGUAGCGUCGUACCGCGUGACUCGCGCCUGACUUCUCGCGACAGCCGCGCCACUGUGGAUUAGUAAGGUCGAAAAUAGCUCCUAAUCACCUCGAGCUUCGUUCAAAACGAACGUUCAACGACUCACGUAGUCCAAGCCACGUGAUUGCACGUGCCUUUCGUCUUCCAUCCUUCUCUCCCUCUUCCAAAGUGCGCAUCGCGUUACGAUAAUUCCGCAAUUUACUCGAAAAAAAACGAUUUAUCCGAAGACGCGAGUCUUCAUAUCGUCGAAGGACAAAAAUUCUUUCUCUCUCGUCUUGCGUUGUUAAAUAUUUCCCAUUUCGCGUCUAUAAUAUUUUCCGAUCAUCCCUUCUCUUCAUCUUCUCUCCUUCUCUCUCCCUCCUGUCGCGACGCAGAGUCAGUAGUUUCCUCCGCUGUUCGUCGGAGUGACAGUAGCGGAUAAGGUGCGAGUGUGAGAUUACCGAGUCGGAAUAUCAGGUAUCCGAGAUGUAUUCCAAGAGCAUUAGCAAUCACCAGGCGAACAAGGAACACGUGCUCGCCGUGUCCCGGGACUUCAUCGCGCAGCCUCGUCUCACUUACAAGACAGUGUCUGGAGUAAAUGGUCCCUUGGUCAUAUUGGAUGAAGUAAAAUUUCCAAAGUAUGCUGAAAUCGUACAACUAAAACUUGCCGAUGGUUCCCUACGUUCUGGACAAGUAUUGGAGGUCUCUGGCUCCAAAGCUGUGGUUCAAGUCUUUGAGGGCACAUCUGGCAUCGAUGCAAAAAACACUCACUGCGAAUUCACUGGUGACAUCCUGCGGACACCAGUGUCUGAGGACAUGUUGGGCCGUGUAUUCAAUGGAUCAGGAAAACCAAUUGACAAGGGACCGCCAAUCUUGGCGGAAGAUUAUUUGGAUAUUCAGGGACAGCCUAUUAAUCCAUGGUCUCGUAUUUAUCCAGAGGAAAUGAUUCAAACUGGAAUAUCAGCCAUUGAUGUGAUGAAUUCUAUUGCUCGCGGUCAGAAAAUUCCCAUCUUCUCUGCCGCUGGUUUGCCGCAUAAUGAGAUCGCCGCGCAAAUCUGCCGUCAAGCAGGACUCGUAAAGUUGCCAGGUAAAUCCGUCCUCGACUCACACGAGGACAACUUCGCCAUUGUAUUUGCGGCCAUGGGUGUCAACAUGGAGACUGCACGUUUCUUCAAGCAGGACUUUGAAGAAAAUGGUUCUAUGGAGAAUGUAUGCUUGUUCUUGAAUCUGGCCAACGAUCCAACUAUUGAAAGAAUUAUCACGCCACGUCUCGCUCUGACGGCUGCCGAAUUCUUGGCGUAUCAAUGCGAAAAACACGUGCUGGUCAUCCUCACGGACAUGUCCUCCUAUGCUGAGGCAUUGCGCGAAGUCUCGGCCGCUCGCGAGGAAGUACCGGGUAGACGUGGUUUCCCCGGUUACAUGUACACCGAUCUGGCCACCAUCUACGAGCGAGCCGGUCGUGUAGAGGGUCGCAACGGCUCCAUCACGCAGAUUCCGAUUCUUACUAUGCCCAACGACGAUAUCACUCAUCCGAUUCCCGAUCUCACUGGCUACAUCACCGAGGGUCAGAUCUACGUAGAUCGUCAGCUGCACAACAGACAAAUCUAUCCGCCUGUGAACGUGUUACCGUCCUUGUCGCGUCUCAUGAAGUCCGCCAUCGGCGAGGGCAUGACGCGAAAGGAUCACUCUGAUGUGUCUAAUCAAUUGUACGCUUGCUACGCCAUUGGAAAAGAUGUACAGGCAAUGAAAGCCGUUGUGGGAGAGGAGGCAUUGACGCCGGAUGAUCUACUGUACUUGGAAUUCCUGUCAAAAUUCGAGAAGAACUUUAUUUCACAGGGUAGCUACGAAAACCGCACCGUCUUUGAAUCAUUAGAUAUCGGCUGGCAACUGCUGCGUAUCUUCCCCAAGGAGAUGCUCAAGCGAAUUCCAGCCAGCACCCUUGCGGAAUUCUAUCCGAGGGAUUCCCGUCACUAAUCACCUUUUUAUUUAUGUGUCUCGCCUUACGCGUAAGCUUGUUUCAAUUAUUAUUAAAUGUCAAAAUCGUGCGUAUAAUGAUAUAUCUUUUUAUUGACAUUAAUUGGAAAAAUAUAUAUCUAUUCUCGCGUAUUUGCGAGAAUAAGAUUGACAAAAAGAUUGACAUGACGUGACAACAAAAUAGUUUAGCGACGUGUCGAAGGGAAGGAAAAAAGAAUGGAAGAGUAUAUCUUAUUUACGCUCUAUAAAUAUUAACGUUACAAGCUUACAAGGAUCGUACACGUUUUUUGAUGUUGUGCAAUGAGAGUGUAAAGUAAAUAACAGUGAUACUGAUAUGUAAAGUAAAUUAAAAAUUAUAACAGAUUUAUUAUGGAAUCUUGCGUGUGCAAAUGUGCAAGUUGCAGAUUCAAAACUACGCAUGUUAUUUAUCAUGAAAAUAAUAAAUUGUGAAUAUAUAUUGUUUCAACAUUUGACGCAUAUAUCUCUCGUGCUUUAGAGCAACAGUGCUCACUCACACCAAGCGACCAUUGUAAAGUGUAAUAUAUCAUUCAGUAUUAUACAUAGACAAAAAACAUAGAGAAGUACAUCUAUAAUCACACUGUAUUUUUGCGUUCCCUACAUUCCAUUGUGAAAUUCACAUAUAUAAGAUUCUUAAUAUGUUUAAUUGAAAUGAGAGAAACGUUUAACAUAAUAUGUACAGUUAUUUCUAGAGAAUAUUUUGAGCCAACCAUUAUAUCAUGUAUUGUCUUGCGAGAGACAAAAUGUACAUGUUAGAAAUAGAAAAUUAAAGAAGAAUUGUUGUUUGAA